GUGAAUCUAUUGGAGAUUCAGUGAAGGAGCGACGCCAUCCGGACACGCUUUUGUUUGUGGAUGAACACACCAACCCGUUUCGGAAAUGUGGACAGAAAUUGGGAAAUUAUUAUUUUUUCAUUUCUUACUUUCGGAAUUAUACUUAGCCAAAGGUACCGAAACUGGCACUGAGACGGAGUGCGAGGAUGGACAGUUUCAGUGUAACAACAUGAGAUGUAUUCCCACCAUAUGGAGAUGCGAUGAUGAUGAUGACUGCUCUGACAACAGCGAUGAGGAAAACUGCCUGAAGAACACAUGCGCACCCUUAGAGUUUGCGUGUGCGAACGGUCAGUGUGUUCCUGGGCGUUGGCGAUGUGACGGAGAACCUGAGUGUCCAGAUGGAUCAGAUGAGGCUGAUGCCACUUGCACUGUCAAAACGACGUGUCCUCCAGAGAAGUUUGACUGUGGGGGAAAGUGCGUGUCGCUGUCCUGGCGGUGUGACGGGGAAAGAGACUGUGAAAACGGCGAAGAUGAAGCGGACUGUGCAGCAGACGCCAGGUCCUGCACAGCAGGGGAGUUCCAGUGUCGUAACCGUAAAUGUUUAGCGCCGGUCUAUGUGUGUGACGGUGACGACGACUGUGGAGACGGCAGCGAUGAGGAGAAGUGCUCUCCGCCCACCUGUGGGCCGCACGAGUUUCGCUGCAACAGCUCCGAGUGUGUUCCUCAGCCUUGGACCUGCGACGGAGACCCCGACUGCUCUGACGGGUCUGACGAGUGGGCGGUGCGAUGCGGGGCUGGGUCCGGUCGACCGGUUCCUCCACCCGCCCGGAGACUGCAAUGCAGUGCUGGAGAGUUUCGUUGCGGCAGUGGGGAGUGUGUGAGACUGACCUGGAGGUGCGACAGGGACCCUGACUGCAAGGACAAGUCGGAUGAGGUGGACUGCCCUCUGCUCACAUGCCGACCUGAUGAGUUCCAGUGCGGAGACGGAUCCUGCAUCCACGGCAUUAAACAAUGCAACAAAAUACACGACUGCCUGGACAAAAGCGAUGAGGCUGGCUGUGUCAAUGCCACAAAGUGUGAAGGACCUCUGAAGUUCCUCUGCAGGAAUGGGGAAUGCAUUGAUGGCAGCAAGGUGUGUGACAACGUGAAGGACUGCAAGGAUCGGUCGGACGAACCCAAGAAGGAGUGCAGUCUGAAUGAAUGUUUGCUAAACAAUGGAGGCUGCUCACACAUCUGUGUGGAUCGUCCCAUUGGAUACGAGUGCCAGUGUCCUGCUGGCUAUAAGCUGCUGGACAAGAGGACAUGUGGAGAUAUUGAUGAGUGUGAGAACCCUGAUGCCUGCAGUCAGAUCUGCAUCAACCUGAAAGGGGAUUUCAAGUGUGAAUGUCACCCGGGGUAUGAGAUGGACCCCGUAAGCAAGACCUGUAAAGCUGAGGGAAAAAGCCCUUACCUGAUGUUCACGAACAGGCACGAGAUCAGGCGUAUUGACCUGGUGAAGAGGGACUACACACAGGUGGUUCCUACUCAGAAGAAUGCUGUGGCCAUUGAUAUAGACGUCGCUGCCAACCGCAUGUUCUGGUGUGAUCGUUUUCAACGCAAAAUAUACAGCGCUUAUAUCCACGAGGCGAGCGACCCAUCUCGACACGUUACUCUGAUCGACUCGGAUCUGCAUUCCCCUGAAGGGCUGGCGCAGGACUGGGUUCAGCACAACCUCUACUGGACCGACUCGGGCGACAGAACCAUCUCUGUGGCUUCAGCGGAUGGCAGCAGGAGACGCGUGCUAAUCAACACCGAUCUGAGCGAACCACGGGCCAUCGCUGUGGAUCCAGAGAGAGGGUUCAUGUAUUGGUCUGACUGGGGCAUCAGGGCCAAGAUUGAAAAGGCUGGCAUGAAUGGUGUUGAUCGGCAGGUGUUGGUGUCUGAGGACAUUGAGUGGCCCAAUGGAAUCACACUCGAUGUGGUUGGAAAGCGCUUGUACUGGGUGGACUCAAAACUACACCUGAUCUCCAGUGUGGAUUUAAAUGGGUCCCAUCGUAGAGUCAUCCUGUUCUCCAGCGAGAGACUCGGCCACCCUUAUGCCCUCGCUGUGUUCGAGGAUCGGGUGUACUGGACGGACCGUGAGAAGGAGGCCGUUUACAGCGCAAACAGACUCACAGGACAGGAUGUGACCAGCCUUGCCGAGCACCUCAAUGACCCUCAUGAUAUUGUGGUUUUCCAUGAGCUGAGCCAACCUGGCGCUCCUGACAGCUGUAACCUGGGCGGCGUGACUAACGGAGGCUGUGACUUCCUUUGUCUGCGAGCUCCUCAGAUCAGCGAACACUCACCCAAAUACACCUGCGCUUGCCCUGACGGCGAGGAGCUCAGCCCUGACACACGCCAAUGUGUACCCGUCCAAAACGACACUGCCGUAACAUCUACUGUCCCCUUCAACAACACCGCGGAGACAGGAGCUGGCUGGGCCCCAGAGUCCCCUGGAGCAGUGACUUCUCAGUCCGAUAGUGUGGCUGAAACCACUCUCUCAUCACUCCUCACUUCUAGCCCAGAGGAUGCGGCCAUCUCCUCUAAUACUACAGCAGAGCGCAGGCCAACACAGGCAUCCAUCACCACACCAGGAGACCUGAGCAACCUGUCCCAUCACUCUGGCAAUGAGUUGUUUCUCCUUGGCCGUAAUCUGACAGUGGCAGUGCUUGGUGUCGUAAUUCCCAUAGUUCCUAUUGUUGCCACAGUGGUCUUCGGGGUGCUGUGUACCGGCGUUUAUCUCAUUUACCGCAACUGGAGGAGGAACAGCACCAAAAGCAUGAACUUCGACAACCCAGUCUACCGCAAAACCACAGGAGAGACGGAAGAGGACGAGAUUCAUAUCGGUCGGACUGACGGGCUGGCUGGGCAUCACCACCCGUACCCUGGGCCCGUGGUCGGCAUGACGCCAGUCGGCACCGGGACGUGCCCGCCAUUCAUCGCUCUGCCUCUGGGGACCGGUUUACCAGACCCUUCCACACACUGGUACACAGAGCAACCCACCAUCUCUAGUAAUAAGUGAAAAGGAGACGACUUUAGAAAUACUGUGACCGCAGGGAGCAGGACCGACAUGUGGCUGCCAAGCUAUGCUGGAAUAGCAUUUUAUCGAGCUGAAUCAUUCUUAACAUGGCCAGGUUUUAAAGCGAGCUGGAGAAUGCCGGAGUGCAAAUACUGGAUGAUUACUAAAGGAAAGUGUUAUCAUUUCAGUCCCAUAAUCAUCUGGUCCAUUUUAUCAUCAUUUAUUGCUGGUUGGAAUCACCAGGCCAAUCCUUUUCAAACCUCCAUUAUUUAUAUUUAUCGUGUAAUAAUAAUAAUUCGUUACAUUAACAUAACGCUUUUCUCUGUACUUAAAGUGCUUUACAUAAAAGGGGCGAAUCUCUUUAACCACCAUCUUAUAAUCCUAGAGAAAUUUAACACGGUAACUGGUAUUAAAUUUGCUAUUGUAACUAGUCUAUUUGACUAUCAAUGUCCAGCACUUUAGCUAAAGCUGUAGAGAGAGAAAAAUGGAUCCUUAUUUUUAACAUUGCUUUGUUUGAUUAAGGCAUGUUUUCUAAAUGAAUCAACCACAUCAUUAAAAUUAAUUAAUCCAUUUAUUAAAAUUUAAAUUCCAAUCAAUUCCCAAUGGAUAAAAUCAAGUCCUGCCCUUUAUUCCUCAUGAAAUACUCGAAUUCCACUCAGAAAUACGUCACAUUAUGAAAGUAAAAUGGGCUGCAAAUGUUGACUUUAAAGUGCCCCUAUUAUGCUAUUUUAAAGCUUCCCAAUUUUGUUUUGGAGGUCUCCUACAAUUGGUUUACACCAUCCAAGGUCAAAAAAACGUUCCUUUUCUCAUAAUAUAAAUUACACAUCACCUCAUUUCUCAAAGAGUCUGAAAUCAGUUAUUUCGAAGAGUCAGUCUCGCUAAACCCCUCUUUACUAAGAGCUUACUCUGCUCUGAUUGGUCAGACAGCCCAGUCUGUUGUGAUUGGUCUACAGCUUACACUGUAAAAGCUAAUUAGUUCAGUUUACUUAAUUUUAUUAUGCAAACUCGUUGCCUUCAUUUCUUAAUUGCAUCAAGUUAUUCUUACUUAAUCCAUUUAAGUUUUGUCAACUUAAUUCUGUCCAUGAUCUUAGAAAGUGUACUCCUAAUAAAUUAAUUGCUUUGUUUUUUUUCUAUUUUUGGCUUUAUUUUACCAUUACAAUUUUAUUUGCUAUCGUUAUUGGUGGUACUCAAACCAGUUAAGUAAUGUUUACAAGGUUUUUCUGAAUAACGAAGGCGUGCCAUGCAAACACUACAGAUUACCAAGAAAUAAGAAAGUACGUUCAACAAAUUAUUGGACAUUAAGUAAAGUUAACAAAAAAAUUCUUAGUAAGAACAAUGUUAGAUUUUACAGUGUACAGCGCAUGUCAGAAACAAAACGCCUAUUACCAUAACUGAAUUUCGUAUCAAUUCCAGCACAAGUCUUUCUGAAGUGCAUGUAAAGUGUAUUCGCAGUGCCUGAAAACAGCUUCUUCUCGGCAUGUCAAGCAUGUAUACACAAACCAAACUCUACCAGACCUCAGCUAAAACUACAGUGUUUGUGGACGGGUCAAAGAAGACGUCAUUUGCAGGUAUUAUGCAAAUGCGUUAUAUUGUUACAUAUAUGUAACAGUAAGUGAGACUGGAAUUACUAGUUUCAGCAGUUCAGAAUCUACUCUAUUUCUAGGAGACGAUAACUUUAUUUGUCGUCCACUUUGAUCUUUAACACUUUGCAGACUUUUUACAUUCACAAACAGCUAUAUUGCAUGCAUAAAAGGGAAUGUUCAAAAUAUGCAUAAUAGGAGCACUUUAAUACCAAUUUGUAAUAAAAUAGGCCCCCACCGCACUGCAGCUACAACUUGGCAAGACACUGAAACUGGCAGAGCAUAGCAAGGCUAUUUGAUGUGAUAUUUACAUCUGGAAGACGUAUUUUUAACACUAGAAGUGCCAGAAUUCCAAAACUACUAGAAC